GAGAUGGAUCGGUGUGCACUGCUGUAUACCGGCUGCAAUGGCCGCGUUUAACCACCACCUGCGCUUCUUCCUCCUUCUCGCCCUUGCCGCCAGCAGCAUCAUCAGCGCAGGGGCCGCUGCCGGCGACGAGGACGACGUGCAGCUGCGGAAGGUGGCCAUGUCGCAGGCCGUGAAAGUGCUGUCCCGCUACAGCCCGGAGACCACCGACCAGGAAACGCUGAAGCGGGCGCUGGCGGUGGUGAACCGGGAGGCACAGCGGUACUGGAAGCCCAUCUUCAACAACGUCGACAGGCUGAUGGACAGCGGCGCCGACGGCCGCAGCAAGGAGGCGGCGUUCGCCGUGGCCAAGGAGCUGCUCAACCGCGAGCUCGGCCAAGGCCCCAACGCCGUCAAGAUCGACUUCGAAUAUGCGUGACAUGCAUGCAUCGCCAGUUUGCCACCUCUGCCUUUUUUUUUCGUAGGGCUUUUAGCGUGCCCUGUCUUUGUCUGUGGUGUGUUGUUGUGAGUCCUUGUGCUAGCUGCGGCCUGUCGCAGUUGUCUGAGCCUUCCACUUCCGUGUCGACUUUUAGAGAAAAGGCACAAAGGCCCGACUUCAAAUUAA